UCCAGCUACGAAGUAAUAGACAUUACAGGCCAAAGGUCUCUUACCUCACCAUUAUCUGCAUGAGCUCCACAUACGCAGUGGGAGAGGACAGAAGUCACCGCAGUGGAUCCGAUUGGAAUAUCUGCAUCUUUUCUAGGGUAAUCUCACGCUGAGUCGUGGGACUUUUUAGGAGAAAGGUCUUUUGCAUGGUGAGCACUGCUGCGUGGAGACCAGCAUGGAGAACAACGUCACACAGAUCUCCAGAGAAGAUCUGGAGGAGCUGAGAGAGGCUUUCAACAAAAUCGAUAUUGAUAACAGUGGCUAUGUAAGUGAUUUUGAACUUCAAGAGCUAUUUCGAGAGGCCAGCUUUCACCUUCCCGGAUACAAGGUACGGGAGAUUGUGGAGAAGUUCAUUGCCGGUGAUACCAACAAAGACGAGAAGAUCAGUUUUGAAGAGUUUGUUGUGAUAUUCCAAGAGCUAAGAAGUAAAGAAGUGAGAGAAACUUUCCGCAAGUCCAUCUCCAGGCGGGAUGGGAUUCGGUCAUUUGGAGGAACAUCAAAGAUCUCAAGUGAAGGAACGCAACAUUCUUACUCAGAUGAAGAAAAAGUGGCCUUUGUUAACUGGGUCAAUAAGGCCUUGGCAAAGGAUCCUGACUGCAAACAUCUGAUCCCAAUGGACCCGGAAACUGACAGUUUAUUCAAAUCCGUAAAAGAUGGAAUAUUGCUUUGCAAAAUGAUCAACCUCUCGCAACCGGACACCAUUGAUGAGCGGGUCAUCAACACAAAGAAAAGCACUCCGUUUACAAUGACUGAGAAUUUGAUGUUGGCACUUAACUCUGCUUCGGCUAUUGGCUGCACGGUGGUCAACAUCGAUGCUCAGGACAUGAAAGCAGGGACCCCUCACCUCGUGCUUGGCCUCCUCUGGCAAAUCAUAAAAAUCGGCCUCUUCGCUGACAUUGAGAUCUCACGCAAUGAAGCUCUAAUUGCAUUGCUUGAUGAGUCAGAAGAGCUGGACCACCUGAUGUCAAUGUCCCCCGAGGACCUUUUGCUGCGAUGGGUCAACUAUCACCUGAAAGCUGCUGGCUGGCAACAAAUCAGAAACUUCAGUGAAGAUAUCAAGGACUCCAGGGCUUACUUCCACCUGCUUGAUCAGAUCUCGCCUAAAGGAGACGGGGAUGAUGAGAUGAGGAUUGACAUUGACAUGUCUGGCCUGAAGGAGCGCGAUGAUGAAGUGCGAGCGGAGCUGAUGCUGAAGCAGGCGGAUCGCCUGGAUUGCAGACAGUUUGUCACUCCACGGGAUGUGGUGGCAGCAAACCAUAAGCUCAACAUGGCCUUUGUGGCCAAUCUUUUCAACAUGUACCCGGCCUUGAACAGACCCACCACUAAUGGCAUUGAUUAUGAAAUUGAGGGAGAAACACGAGAGGACAGGACAUUCAGAAACUGGAUGAAUUCUCUGGGGGUUUCUCCACAUGUCAAUCACUUGUACAGUGAUCUGCAUGAUGGUCAAGUCAUUCUUCAGUUAUACGAGAGAAUCCAGGUCCCUGUUGACUGGACUAAAGUCAAUAAACCUCCCUAUCCAAUACUGGGCUCCAACAUGAAGAAGCUUGAGAAUUGUAAUUAUGCAGUCGCACUGGGCAAAAAGGAAGCAAAGUUUUCCUUAGUAGGAAUCGGUGGUGAGAAUAUCAAUGAGGGAAGCCCCAUGCACACCCUGGCACUGGUCUGGCAACUGAUGACAAGAUACACUUUGAAGGUUCUGUCUGACCUCGGUGAAGGGGAAAUAGUCAAUGACCAAAUUAUUAUCAACUGGGUGAACAACACUUUGAAACAAGGCCAUAAAGACUCGUAUAUCAACAGCUUCAAGGACAAAUCAAUCAGCACUAGCCUGCCAGUGAUUGAUCUGAUCGACACCAUCGUGCCCAAAGUCAUUAAAUACGAGAUGGUGAAGAGCGGGGAAAUGACGCCAGAGGACAAGCUGAACAAUGCAAAAUACGCAAUCUCAGUGGCGCGAAAAAUCGGAGUCAAGGUGUACGCCCUGCCCGAUGACCUUGUGGAGGUCAAACCCAAGAUGGUGAUGACGGUGUUUGCAUGCCUCAUGGGAAGGGGCUUGAAGAAAGUCGAUGGCUGACCUUGUCAGAAAGCACAACCCAUACAUUGCACUUGUUUUCCCCCUGCCUUACGCACCAACACUUUAAUGCGAUUGUUAUUUUUUUAUGAAUAGUUCCUCAUGAAUUCACCUCCUGUUAAUUGCACCGAAAUACGUCACUAAUCAUUUCAUUUCUAGCUAAGAUGCAAGAUUAUUCAAAGAGAAUGUUAUUUUCUUAAUAAUUGUGAAUGCUUUAUUUCUUCAUCGGCUCUUGAUUCUCUCAGAUUGUAAAUAGCUGGAUAUUUUUGCAUUACGUAAAUAAAGGUGCUCACAAGAAAUA